AUGUACAUCAACAAUAUACACAGUUCUCACUAUAAUCCAAUAACCAUCUCAGCUUUCCCCCUUCUUCACAAAUUUAUAAAAGGUGUAGGAAACACCCCAUUAAUUAAAAUCGAAUCAUUAUCAAAAGAAACAGGUCGAGAAAUUUAUACAAAAGCUGAAUUUUUAAACUCUGGUAAAUCAAUUAAAGAUCGUGCUGCAAUCUAUCUUUUAAACAAUGCACUUUCAAAAGGGUUAAUCAGACCAGGGGGUACUUUAGUUGAGGCAACUGCAGGAAAUACAGGUGUUGCACUAGCUUUGUUGGCAAGAACUUAUGAUCCACCUUUUAAAAUCAGAUUAUAUGUUCCAGAGUCUUUAGUUCAAGCUAAAAUUGAUAUCUUGGAAAGUCUAGGUGCAAAAGUUAUAAAAUGUCCAUUAGUUCCAAGUGAUGAUCCUGAAUUUUUCAAUACUCAAGCUGUUAAUUAUGCUCAAAAAAAUGAUAAUUGUGUUCAUGUUAAUCAAAUGGAUAAUCUAGAAAAUAGAAAAGCUCAUUUUGAGACAACAGGUCCUGAAAUUUGGAAGCAAACAGAUGGUAAAAUUGAUGCAUUUAUAGUUGGUUGUGGAACUGGUGGUACAUUUUCUGGAGUUUCAAGUUAUUUGAAAGAAAUUUCAAAUGGGAAAGUUAAGGCUUUCAUUGCUGAUAGAGAAGGAUCUGGACUACACUCUUAUAUUCAAAGUAAAGGUGAUAAUUGGGAUCAUGAAGGUGAGUCAUUUGUGGAAGGUGUUGGUAAAUUAUCAUUAACUGGUAAUCUUAAUGAUGUUUUAUCAAUUGCAGACGGUUCAUUUAGAGCAUUAGAUAUUGAUGUUAUCAUUACUUUAUACAGAUUAUUAGAUGAAGACCAUUUAUCUGUUGGUGCUUCUGGUGCUAUGAAUAUAUUUUGUGCAAAACAACUAGCAUUAACAUUGCCAAAAGGUUCAGUUGUUGUGACUUCUACAGCUGAUUCUGGUGAAAGGUAUGCUGGUAAAGUUUUCAAUAAAGAGUGGUUAGUCGAAAAAGGUCAUUGGGAUAAAAUCCCUGAACAUCUUCGUGUACUUGUGUAA